AGAAGGAAACAUCGAAUGCAAUGGACUCGCAAAAAUUGAAAGCCAAGAAUGUUUUGCAAACUGUUCGCGAAAACUCAAAUCUUUGGUGUCUUGAGAAAAGUUCCGAGAUGGAUGCUGAUGAAGAGUUUGAAGGAGAGCCGAUAACAACAAAGGAAUUCCCAAUUGUUACAAGUGCUGGCGAUGAUCCGCGCUCUGCCAUAUUGUUAAAAAGUUUAGCGUUAAAAUGCGAAUGUCAGUCAUGCAACGAUUACAAAUAUGCGUCUAUUGAUCAAAACACCGAGACUGAAUCCUGGAGCUCUCCUGAGAUAGAAAACACAGAAAAAUGGUCAAACAGGAAAUCAGUAAGACAUCGUAAGCUUAUCGAUUUGAGCUCUGAAGAUUUAAAUUUUUCGGAUGAUAACGUUGUUAAUUAUAGCCGUGUCAAGACAAGCAGAAAAGACGAUAGAAUGACAAAUCUCGCAAGUCGUGGUUGUUUUACGAAAUCAUCAAUGUCAGUUAAUCAUACAAAAGUGAAAACUUAUGAAACUACUAGUUCUUCUUUUUUCAAUGUCUUUUUUGAUAUUGUUUUCUGGCCUUUUGUUUUUUUUCGUGCGAAACGAUGAUAUUGCUAUGAUAUUGUAUUAUAAUUCGAAUAUUUUCUAUUUCUUAUUAUUGAUUUCUCAACAUUUAGAUUCACUGUAAAUGAUAUUUUUUUCAAAAUGUAUGCAUAUGUGAAAAUAUGAAGUAUGAACGAGAAAC